GCUUCUUUCCUCAAAUCUCUGCGGCUAUUCCCAAAGAAAAUACAGAGGAGACGAUCACAGGACCAGAAGCAGAAGAGAUGGCAUUAAACAUCUCCUACAUCACAGAUGCUCAGCUUCUUUCCCUGAAACAGAAACCAGAUAUUGCCAUCGUAGAUGUCAGGGAUGAUGAGAGAAGCUAUGAUGGACAUAUAGCUGGUUCGCUGCACUACGCUAGCGAUACCUUCUCUGAGAAAAUUCCGAAUCUUAUACAAGAGGUUAAAGGGAAAGAUACCCUUGUGUUCCAUUGUGCUCUAAGCCAGGUGCGUGGCCCAUCAUGUGCACGCAGGCUUGUUGAUUAUCUUACAAAAACGGGAGAAGAUGUGGGCUUAAAGAAUGUUUUGGUUUUGGAACGUGGGUUCAAUGGUUGGGAAGCUUCUGGUAGACCUGUUUGUUCCUGUACCGAUAUCGCUUGUAAAGGAGAUAUCACUUGUAAAGGAGACAGCAUAGAUGCUGUGUCAAUUUCAUCUACGAAUGAAAAAUAAGAGAAGGCAUAUUAUCAUGUUGUACUUUGUAAUACAGAAUGUUUGCUCCAUUAUGUGUGUACAAUAAUGCUCAACUUGUGUACCUAAAUGCUUCUAAAUCAAGUGAUUUCCCUUCCUUAUUA